AUGCGAGAGUCGCAAAAAAAAGGACGCGGUUGGGAGGCACUGGGGAUGGUCGGAGGGGCAAAUAGGCUGUUCGUAUGCACCAGGCGGGUGCAAAGGAUGAGAGACAUUUUUUGCUCUCGCACGACCAGAGGCACGAUGCAGUUCCUGCAUGGACUAACGGUCGGACAUGGAUAA